CCGGAUUGGAAUCACUUACAUCGUUGCCUAACUUUUAGAACGAAUUUUCAGGAAACCAGUAAUAACGUUUCGUGAACUUGAAUCGUUUGCAUAAACGGUGUGGCGUAAUAAAUGAAUGCAAGAAGGGUGAGUCGUGGAGAUUAGAGAGAUUGUAGGGAGUUUAGGAAGAGUGACCAAUUCGGUCUCAUGUGCUGUUACGGGUAUAAGGGCGGAUGUUACUUCCCGGCUGCCCACACCAUGGAAGGGAGGCUUUAUCAUACUUCCUAUAUGACUAUUACUUUUUUGGUGUUAAAUAUCUGUUUGUUUAUUGCAUCUGAAAAUAGGUCUUGGUGUUGGAAUUUUAUAAUCUUUUCUGUUUUUGCAAUUCACUUCUGUCCGUUUGAUAACUGGCAUAGUUGCUUCAGAUCGUCAAGUUUAUUCCCGGUCAAGGAUGAGGUGCAAUGUAAUUGUUGCAGGAUUUGAUGUAGUUAUUGAUGCACUGGACUCACUUCAUCUGCACGCUGUCGUAUGCGAAAAUCAUAAUGGCUGUUCCAAAUAUGUACUCCACAAUAUCCCUCUUGACACUUGAUGCAGUAAAGCUUCUGAACACAGAAAACUUACCACAAAUAAACGGCAAGCUAUAAGUAAAACAGAGCAACUGACGUGUCUCGAAGACGUAUUGGACAUCACCAUCAACAAAGCCAUUCGGUAGACCCCUAAAACAUGUAUGAUGAGCACACUGAUUCACUGAAAGCUUCAAGGAGAAAUGUCAAGCGUUCGAAGACGAAAAGACGAAAUAUGAUGAACAUAUAAAGUGCGAGGUGUCGGAUACAACGUCAGAACCAUACGGUAACACAGAAAAGACCGUAUCAAGGCCUGAUUAUCAGAACGUGGAGGAUCAAAUCGAAUCAAAUUUUCGACCACUAAUAUUUUCGAUUACCGCUAAUACUGCUACUACCCCAACUACUAUGGUAUUUGAACUGAUAGUUCAAUCUGUCUGUGCAAAUGUGGUAUGGCAACUCGAGGUAAUGUACAUACCAUGUUCUAUGUUGUAGCUGACUGACUGAAGAAUUUGACAGUUUCUAGAAAGAUUUCUUUUUUAUUCAGCACUUAGUAUUACGUUUGUAUACUUGCUUACAGGAAUAUGGCUGGAAGUAGGUGGCCGGCUGCAGCAGCUCCCGCUAUCAGAGUUGAGAAUGCUUCUCGAGCAAAACAAUCUAUUUUCGAACCUACAUUUGCGAAAAUGGAAAAAGAGAAUUAUGGACUAACUCAACGACUAAAGGAAUCUUUCUCUGAGGUUGAGAUGCGGUAUCCUGGUUUUAGUAAAGAUUUCAUGAUUGGCUUGCUUCAACGGAUGGGGGUUGAUAGUGAAAUCGAUGUGACUGAAACAUGUUUACGAAUCGCUGCUCUUCAGGAGUGUGAUAAACCGAGAACAUCAUUAAAUCCCAGAGUUUUGGAGUUGGAACGUACGGCUAAGAAACUAAAAACCAUUCUUAGUCGCAUACCCAUUGAAAUUACAGAUCGUAGGGCAUUUAUAGAAGUCAUCAAAGAUAUAGCAGAAGCAAUAAAAAUGUUGUUAGCUGCUGUCGGAGCCUUUUACGAUGCGUUACCACCAGGAACACAAAAGAAAUGCCUUGAAGAUCAAAAAGGAAAAUUCAUUACUUACUGUCGCAAAUUCAGUGAUACUUUGAAGCAGUACUUCAGGAAUAACGAUCAAACUGUGGUUUUCAGCAGUGCAAACCUACUAGUUAGCCAAACUAACCUCAUUCUAUUCGUUGUUCGUGAUGUAGAUUGA